AUGGCCAUUAUUGCUGUGCUUCAACAUGUCGAUUUGCUUCGCCAGCUUUUGAAGCAUGACGAGUAUAUAAUCUUUUGGUUGAAAGAUAAAAUGAUUGCAAUCAAGUCCCUCCUCGUACCCGUGCUAGCCCUUACCAGCGGUGCCGUCGCCGAGCGCCUGUUCUACAACUCGGGCACGCUCCGAGGAUGGGAUUAUGUGCGCCACGAGCACAAGGGCACCGUCGACGAGGUGACCAACAUCUUGUACAAGUCGGGCACGGCACUCAAGAUGACGCAAACAUACGACGCAAACUACCACGAUCGCUACCACUCCGAAGUGGACUAUGAUGACGGCUACGCACGCGGCGACGAGCGUUUCUACGGCUUCAUGUUCCGCGUGUCGGAGAACUGGGAGUUUGUAAGCCAGAACCUCAACAUUGCCCAGUUCAUCGCGCACCGUCCCGGCAGCGACAACUGCGGUGAUCUCGAAAUGCCCUCGACCAUGCUCUGGAUCGCGGACCACCAGCUGCACAGCCGCCUGGUCCAGGGCCCGUACAUUGGCGGCAACUGCCACCGCAACUUUGUCGACCUCCCGAACCUCGGCGAGAUCAAGCCCGGCCAGUGGCACAAGGUCAUCAUGCAGGCCAAGUGGGAGGAUAGCGGCUCUGGCUACUUUAAGCUUUGGUUUGAUGGAAAAAAGGCGGUCGAAAAGUACAAUCUUGCUACCACCGUCUCUGGUGACUGGAAGUUUCAGUUCCGCGUGGGUGGUUACAUGAACUCGUGGCACGAUUCGGGUCACAUGGAAGGCAAUCAGCCUUUCCGCCAGCUCUGGUAUGACGAGGUCUCCGUGGGCACGACUUACAAAGACGUCGACCCGGACCAGAACUAA